GUUAAAAUGACUUUCUAUAAUAAUUUCAGCCAAUACAAUCAGAAAAGUAACUUCAAUCUUAUCAGAAAAGUCUGAUAAACCGAAAAAUGAAGUCACCUAAAGGACUCCUAGUCUAGACCUCCUUAUUUUUUAAGUGUGAUCUGAUUUACUUUUUGCUUUACACCCCAUCCCUGAGGGCCCCCAACCCGAUCGACGAUACGUUGGGAGGAUGUAAAUUGAACUAUAAUCCUAAUCUGACAGAUAGAGAGUGGAGCUCUGUCCCCGAUACUUGCAGAGGCUCUAUGCAUUUUUACCGUAGUAACCCCUCAUUGCAGUUGACACUUGACCGGAUUCGAAUGCGGAACCUAAGACACUUAGUAGUUCAGUUAUCCCCACCGGUUCUAAGUUCCAUUUCCGCGUCCACCGUCCACGGCUUCCUGGAGGACUUCGAAUUCAAAUUCCCUUCAACUCAGUUAUAAGGAGCAGUAAUCGGCCAUGAUCAAUAGGCCUAUGCUGCUUUUUUCAUGUCUAAAACACAAGAAGAUGCAUACCUUCUGAGUGAGCACGUUUAUUAAGUAGCUAGCAACUGCUCAAUUUUACUGUAACCAACUUUUGCUGUUAUCUUCCUUAACCAAUCAGGACCUCCAUGAAUAUCCCCUCUGUUCUUCUUCUCCUUUUUCUACUUCUGACGAUUUUCAAUGGUCUUAAAAGUGCCGCCCAAACAUGUUCUCAGACCGCAGGAAACUUCACAGCCAACAGCACCUACGCCGCGAACAGAGCUCUCCUCUUCUCUGCCCUGUCCUCCAACAUCAACUCAAGCUAUGGCUUCUUCAUGAAUACCACAGUAGGCCGUGGCGCGGACAAAAUCUACGGCACCGCCCUUUGCAGGGCUGAUUCGUCCCCUGAAACGUGCACCAAAUGCGUCAAUACUGGAAUUAAAGAACUCACAGAUACCUGCCCAAACGAAAUGGAAGCCAUCACUUGGUCAACUGAGGGCACUUUUGCGUGUAUCGUCCGGUAUUCAAACCGUUCAUUUGUCGGGGAAUUGGACCUUUCUCCUAUCACUCUAAGGAUUAAUAGGGAUGAGUUCGCAGCGGAUGAAUUUGAAGAGUUUAAGCAGAUAUGGGCGAGUCAUGUCUCGAGCUUAAUUGCCAAUGCUUCCAGGGAGACGAGGAUCAAAUAUGCUUCCGGUGAAGUGUUUAUACCGUCGAUCUUUCGGGAAAUAUACGCCACAACGCAGUGCACUCCAGAUCUAUCUCGGUCUGAUUGUGUCGAGUGUUUGAGUAGCGUUGCGAGAGAUUAUCGGCUUUGUUGCGGUAAAAACAUGGGAGGGGCUUCCUAUAAUCCCAAUUGCUUAUUUCAUUGGAAUCUGUAUUCCUUCUAUAACACUUCCUUUACUGUAAUCGAUCCGCCUCCGCCGCCGUCGCCGCCUCCAUCUCCGGCGUCUCUGCAUUCUCCGCCGCCCCUCAAUACAACCAAUUCGGGAAAUGGGAAGAGCAGAUUUCGGACUGUUUUGUAUAUUGUAGUGCCAAUUGGAUUAGCGUUGUUGAUGGCGCUUGUUGCUAUCGUCAUUUUCCGGCAGAGGAAGCAGAAGUCUGGUGUAUUGGUUUCAGAGGAAAAUGAGUAUAGUGGUGGGGCAGAGUGUCUGCAAUUCAACCUUGCCACCAUUAGAGCCGCGACUAACAACUUCUCCGAUCACUACAAGCUUGGUGAAGGUGGGUUCGGCCCUGUUUAUAAGGGUGUGCUCUCAAACGGGGAGGUCAUUGCUGUGAAGAGAUUGUCCAAAAAUUCAAACCAGGGAGAACUUGAAUUUAAGAAUGAGGUGAAUUGCGUCGCAAGACUUCAACAUCGAAACCUGGUCAGGCUUCUAGGCUUUUGCCUUGAAGGAACAGAAAGGCUUCUCAUUUAUGAGUUCCUUCCCAACUCAAGUCUUGACCAUAUGAUAUUUGAUGCAAACAAACGAAGAAGAAUCGGUUGGGAGACUCGUCAUAACAUAAUUGUGGGAAUAACAAGGGGACUUAUUUAUCUUCAUGAAGAUUCUCAACUUCGAAUCGUUCAUCGUGAUCUCAAAGCCAGUAAUAUUCUUUUGGAUGACAAUAUGAAUCCUAAAAUCUCAGAUUUUGGAAUGGCAAGGUUAUUGGAAUCAGAUGAUCAAACAAGAGACGUCACUCAUCGGAUCGUCGGCACCUAUGGCUAUAUGGCUCCGGAAUAUGUUAUACAUGGUCAGUUCUCAAGUAAAUCUGAUGUUUAUAGCUUCGGCGUGUUAUUGCUUGAAAUAAUCACCGGUGAAAGGAUUAAGAGCUUUAGUGGAGGGGAAGAUGAACAAAGUCUUGUUGACUAUGCAUGGAGCAUGUGGAAUAAAAUGACACCGUUGGUUCUAAUUGAUUCCGCUAUGCCAUCGUUUAGUACUUUCACAAGCGAUAUAAUAAGAUGUAUUCAUAUUGCGUUACUAUGUGUGCAAGAAAAUGUGGGAAGUAGACCAACCAUGGCUUCGGUGGUUCUCAUGCUUAGUAGCAGAUCGGUUAUUACAUCAAGACCAUCAAGACCCGCAUACAUUCUUCACUCCAUGACGCAACAACAUGCAUCAUCAUCAUCAUCAUCAAGUAGUAGCCAUGUUGAAAGAAGUUCUCGGAAUGAAGUAUCUAUAUCAGAGCUAGAACCACGAUAACCCUACACAUCUCUCAUUUUGUAUAAUUUAAAUUAAAAAAAAAAAGAUGAAAGGUUCUUAAAGACGUGAAACAUGAUAAUUAAUCAUGUUGACGUUAAGCUUUUAGGUGGGGGGAGGGUAUAGUGUUGUAUUAUUAUGAUUAGUUUUAUUAUUUUGCAGUAAUCCUUACCUGAAAUAAAUAAAUAUCCAC